AUGACAAUAAAUCAGCUGUUUAUAUUUCAGCUGACACCCUAUUAUGACACUGACUUUAACCUCCUCCGCUGGCUAAAAGGGCAUGACUACAACUUGGAUGUAAUUGUACCUAAACUGACUAAUCAUCUGUUGAUGAGGAAAGGAGUAUGGGAUCUCGACAAUCUACCUGAUAAGCCAAGAAAUCACGAUGUGCACAAACAUUGGAAGAGCGGAUUGACCGGAGAAGCCAAAAGGACACCAAACUGUAUCGUUAAUAUUGAACAAACAGGGGGAAACGACUAUUGGGGUAUGUCCCACGUCCAUCCGAUCAAUGAAAUUCUGAAGUAA